CCUGGCGGUGCCGGUUUUGGGCCUGGCGGUGCAGGAGUUGGGCCUAGAGGUGCAGGAGUUGGAGCCACGCUGCCAGGAGGAGGUGAUCAAAUUAAAAAAAUAUAAAGUUUACCCUGAAAAGCACUCAAAAUUAAAUGCAUUUCAGUACUGUAAGCCAAAAUAGUGGAUAUUCUUUUUCAACAGAAAAGCUUAUUUUAAAUAAGUAUUAAACAUAAACUAUACGGUCCCUUCUAAAUUCUUCUUAUUGACUAAGAAUGGCUAUGCAAAUGAAAUAUUCUGUUUGCUAUUUCAGUUUUAUGUAACAUUAGCAGUUAUAUCGACGAAUUUCAUUCCUGUUUCAGUUACAAUGCUGCCCCAGUCUGGCACAGCUGAGGUAGGACCUGGAGGAAAGAGCGGUGGUAAAGCGUCAAAACGAGUCCCAGGUAAAAAACAAAAAGACAUUCCCUUAUUAAAGGAGGCACAACAUAAGUUAAGUUCAGAUCAACCAGAAACACUGCCUUUUUGGGGUCACGCAGGAGUCGGUGUGCCUGGACUCUAUCAGGGUGGAUAUGUUCCAGGCCAAGGAUUCGGAGGUCGUGGUGUUCUCCCUGGAGUGGCAACAGGAUCUGGACUUGGGCCUCAGACUGGGGCCGGGGUACUCGGCCAAGGGGGCGCUGGACCAGGAGGAGCAGGCAAUGGUCGUGGACAGCAGUUGCCUGGAGUUUUUCGUGGUUACCCUCUCAUAUCACCAAAGACAGGAGCGGGCAAAUCAAAGAAUCCAGCCAAAAUUGCAGCUAAAUACGGUGGAGCUGGAGCUGGAGGAGGGGCUUUAGGGGUUGGGGCUGGAAGACUCCCGGUGGGAACAGCAGGAGCCACACCUGGAUUUGGAGGUGGAGUUGGAACCGGAGGUGGACCUGGAUUUGGAGGUGGUCCUGGAUUUGGAGGUGGAGUCGGACCCGGAGGUGGAGUCGGAACCGGAGGUGGACCAGGAUUUGGAGGUGGAGUCGGAACCGGAGGUGGACCUGGAUUUGGAGGUGGAGUCGGAACCGGAGGUGGACCUGGAUUUGGAGGUGGAGUGGGAACCGGAGGUGGACCUGGAUUUGGAGGUGGAGUCGGAACCGGAGGUGGACCUGGAUUUGGAGGCCUUGGAAGAGGAGGACCAGGUGAAGGAGCUGGAGUUGGUCUUGGCACAGGAGGAGGGACUGGUGGGCUGGGGGGCGGGUAUGGUUUUGGUCCUGGUGGUGCAGGCACUGGUACGGCUGGAGGACUUGGAGGCAGAGGACCGGGAGGAGGAGUUGGACCUGGCUCCGGGGUUGGUUUUGGUCCUGGUGGUGCUGGCACUGGCCCUGGCGGAGUGGGUUUCGGCCCAGGUGGUACUGGGUACGGUCCAGGUGGAACCAGAACUGGAUUGGCUGGAGCAGGAACAGGACCUGGAGGGUAUGAUGCAAGUGCCAAAGCUCGUAAAUAUGGCAUGUUAAGUGGAGCUCUUGGAGGACUGGGAACCGGUUCUGGAGCAGUCAGGCCUGGUGGUGCUGGUACAGGCUAUGGGCCAGGUGGUGGAGUUGGACCUGGUGGGGCUGGUACAGGCUAUGGGCCAGGUGGUGGAGUUGGACCUGGUGGGGCUGGAACAGGCUAUGGGCCAGGUGGUGGAGUUGGACCUGGUGGGGCUAGUACAGGCUAUGGACCAGGUGGAGGAGUUGGACCUGGGGGUGCUGGUACAGGCUAUGGACCCGGUGGUACUAGAACAGGCUACGGGCCAGGUGGUGGAGUUGGACCUGGGAGUGCUGGUACAGGCUAUGGACCCGGUGGUACAGGCACAGGCUAUGGACCAGGUGGUGGAGCUGGACCUGGUGGGGCUGGUACUGGCUUUGGACCUGGUGGUGCUGGUACAGGCUAUGGACCUGGUGGUACAGGCACAGGCUAUGGGCCAGGUGGUGGAGCUGGACCUGGUGGGGCUGGUACAGGCUAUGGACCAGGUGGAGGAGUUGGACCUGGUGGUACUGGCACAGGCUAUGGACCAGGUGGAGGAGUUGGACCUGGUGGUACUGGCACAGGCUAUGGACCAAGUGGAGGAGUUGGACCUGGUGGUACUGGCACAGGCUAUGGACCAAGUGGUGGAGUUGGACCCGGUGGUACUGGCACAGGCUAUGGGCCAGGUGGUGGAGUUGGACCCGGUGGUACUGGCACAGGCUAUGGACCUGGUGGUACUGGUACAAGCUAUGGACCUGGUGGUGCUGGUACAGGCUAUGGACCAGGUGGGGUGCGACCUGGCGGUGCCGGCUUUGUACCUGGAGGUUAUGCUGGUGCCAAAGCUCGUAAAUAUGGUCUUCCCGGAGGUGGCCUGGGUGCAGGAGGACUUGGUGUUGGAGCAGGGCCUGCUUCUGGGCUCGGAUUAGGAGGACGGGUCCCAGGACAAGGUGUUGGACAAACAACUGGGGGUGGACCUGGAGCAGGACUGGGGACCGGCAUGAUACCUGGUUAUGGUGUUGGAACAGGAGGUGGACCAGGUGGCUUUGGAACAGGCACUGCAGGAGGGCUUCCAACCGGGUAUGGACCUCAUGGAUAUGGGCCUGGAGUACCUGGGUCUGGGACAGGUUACGGUCCAGGUGGAGGCUAUGGUGCAGGACCAGGAGCGGGAUAUGGAACAGGCUAUGGAGCUGGAUCAAAACCUGCUAAAUACGGUCAAGAUGGAAUUGCGACUGGUGGGGUUCUUGGAGGUGGAGCAGGACGAGGUGGCCUCGGCACACCAGCAUCCAAAGCUGCUAAGCACGGGCAACAUGGUGGAGUGGUGCCUGGGGCAGGAACAGGGACCGGCACUACAGGAUCUGGUACAGGGACCGGCACUCCAGGAUCUGGUACAGGGACCGGCACUCCAGGAUCUGGUACAGGGACCGGCACUACAGGAUCCGGCACGGGGACCAGUACUACAGGAUCUGGUACCGGAACCGGCAUUGGUGUUUCAGUGAAUAGUUCAAGCCCCAGCAGCGGGGCAGGAACAACAGCUGGACCGAGUGGAGCAGGACUUGGAGCCAGUGGAGGCACACAAGCUCCAGCAUCAGAAGGAGAUGGUGGGGCUAGCAGUGUGACAGAGGGGUCUGGAAGUUCUGGAGGAGAAGGCGGUACCGGUGUAGCUGGCAGUCCAGUGGGUGGAGGAGAUGAUGGAGAUCGCUUGGGUGGGACCGGAAUCCCCAUCCUUGCAGCAAAGCCAGGUUCUGAUGGUGAUCUUUUAGAUGUGAAACUUCCUGGAGUCAAACCUCUCAAGCCCCCGGGAGUCCCCCGAGGGGACACGCCAGGCGAAGGAGAUGGAGAAGGAGGUCCUGAUGGAGAGAGAGGUGGUGCAGGAGGCACGGAGGGAGGACCGGGAGGAGCCCAAGGGAGUCCUACCAGUGGCGGAGCAGCAGGAGGCAUUUCAGGUGGUGUAGCUGGUGCUGGAGUCGGACCACAGGGUGCAGCUGGAGCAACACCCAAACCGCCCACAGCACACCGUCCUGAUGGUACUGUAGGAGGGGGCAUAGCUGGUGGAGUAGGUGGGGUGGCAGGAGGCGCUUCUGGAGGAGCCGGCUUGGUACCUGGGCCUGGUGGAGCAGGAACAGGAGCUCUUAAACCUGGAAAAAGUUAUGCUGCUGGCGGAGUUUUACCAGGUGGAGGCAUACGCUAUCCCACUGGAGCAGGACAUGGAGCAGGAAAAUCAGGCAAAGUAUAUCGGACUCUUGGAGCGGGAGGCCGGGCAGGGAUUGUGCCUGGGGGUUAUGGUACUGGUCCUGGAAGCUAUGGUACUGGUCCUGGUGGUUAUGGUACUGGUCCAGGAGGCUAUGGUACUGGUCCUGGAGGUUAUGGUACUGGUCCAGGAGGCUAUGGUACUGGUCCCGGAGGUUAUGGUACUGGUCCAGGAGGCUAUGGCGCAGGACCAGGCGGCUAUGGUGCAGGGCCUGGUGGAUAUGGUGCAGGGCCUGGUGGAUAUGGAGUUGGACCUGGGAGCUAUGGAGGCCAGACUGGAAACAGAGGCAUUGGUGCUGGUCCUGGGGGAGCUGGAACUAUUGGAACUGGCGCUGGAGGCUUCGGGGGAGGAGGAGGCCCCGGUGGAGUAGGUGCUGGACUGGGGGGAUAUGGUGGGGGUGUGGCUCCUGGUGGUAAGUUGACCUUUUGACAAAUAUCAUACAGUAGAAUGCUAUCAAAAUAUCACAUCUAAUAUGGAUAGCAUGUCAUUGAAAUAUUGGUCAAGGAUCUUUUCUCCUAUAUAUAUCCAGGCUCAAGAUAUGGACUGGGCACCGGCACUGGCAAAGCACCCAAACGUAUGUUAAAAAUUGACGAUUACAAAGAGUCAUGAUGCAGACCUUCAAACGUUCAAAG